UUUAUUUUUCAGCAAUCACCCGACAGUCUUCUAAAAAUGUUACUACUUAUAAAAGAGAAGUAUAACAAUCCAGUGAUGUAUAUUACGGAGAAUGGCUGGUCUACUAGACUGGAACAGGGACUGGAAGAUGAUGACAGAGUGCGUUAUUACCGCGCCGCUUUGGAGAAUGUUCUAGACGCGUUGGACGCCGGUGUCAACCUCAAGGGUUAUAUGGCAUGGAGUCUUAUGGAUAACUUUGAAUGGAUGCAAGGAUAUACUGAACGCUUCGGACUGUACGAGGUUGACUUCGAAGAUCCGGCAAGAACUAGGACGCCUAGAAAGUCUGCAUUUAUUUACAAAGAAGUGCUCAGGACACGUGUGGUUGACCACGAUUAUGAACCACCUUCAAUGAUAAUGACAAUAGAUGAAGGAAAAUAAAUAAAACGUUUGAGGUAAAAUAAAAACAAAUUGAAA